AUGCCUGUCUCUUUUGACCAUGCCCAGCGCGUCCCGGAGUUCCUGGAGGCAGCUGCACGGGUCAGGGACCCUAACCUUGUGGCCUACUGGCAAAUCAUAAUGACCAUGCAAGUGAACCUGGUAAACCCAGUCAAUAAUGUGGUCCGCCCUUUCGCCGAGUUUACUCGUCGUCGUGCGUACGACCCCCAUCACCGCCAUUUUGCCGAGAGCACAUACCAGUGGCUCGUCUUCCUUCACCGGGCCGGGUUGACGGCUGAAGGACUCGCCAAGAUCGGACACACCAAACCCGGCUUGGUACAGAAGCUGAGGAAGACCCUCGCAUCACAUGAACUUGGCCACUCGCGGAAGAAGACCCGCGAGCACCACCCGGCUGGCCAAGCAUACAAACGAAUCUACAUGACGGAGGCCGACUUCAUGGUCGGCGAAGGCGUGAUGGAGGUCCUGGGCUAUCCUGCCGGGCCGGUGUUGAAGUCCGAGGUCGCCGACAUUCCAACAAGCGAGGCCGACAAAAUCCGAUAUGUCGACGAAAUGGUCAUGGCAUUGAAGAACAUGAUUGGUAGGGACAAGGGUAUGGAGGCCCAGGUCAACCAGGUCAUGGCCACAUCCGCGUCCGUCUUUGAGUCUCUGGCAUGGCGCCUGUUUAUCGCCUGCCGCUUAGCCCAGAUUGGGAAGCCCAAGGUUUCGCCGUGGGCAACCAGUUACUACUUCAGGAGGUACGACAACUUCCAGUCACGCUGGGAUGACCUCAUCCAUUUCGUGAAUACCAACAAGGCGGCGGUCUCCAACUUGUUCCUGAGCAACUACUUUGCCAGGUUCGCGGCCGACCCCUACAAGGAACGGUCGACGAAGCAGCAGAACGCCAAGACAAAUAACGGCAAGGCAGACAAGAAGAGAGCUGGCGACGAAGCCAUUGCGACCCUCGCUGGCAACCCGCUGCCCGCUAACACCACCACUGCUGGCGGGAACCAGGUCCAGCCUCUGGCCAACGCCGAGAAUGCGGAAGAGGCCGCUCAGGACUUUGUGGCUGCUGCCGGUGCCGCCGCUGCCGAAGCUCAAGGUCCCCAAGAACCUCAGGCGCCCAUCUUCGCCCGCCCGCAAGGCAUCGAUAUGGCCGAUGACGGGUGGAUUGACUACACCGAGAACAACUUUGAGGGCCUAUUCAGGAUGCACGAGGCCCAGUUGGAGGCUUAUAACGCUGAGGUUAAAGCCUAUAACGAGCAGAAAAACGUGGCGGCAACAGAAAGCUACAGUGACUUUGAGGACGACGAUGACGACCUGAAUGACGACAACAACUUUGUUCGCGAGGAUGAUACCGGCGACGCUCCUAACGGCCCACACAAUGAAGCAGACUGCAACGAAAUCUUUGAGGACAUUUACGGCGUAUCGGAUGACGAAGGGCGAGAGAGGAGAAGACAAAACAUUUCGGCUUCCCGGGCUCCUGCGGCCCCCCUCGACAUGAACGGUCGUGGUCCCACCAUGGCCGGCCCGCCGAUGUCUAUUCUGGCUGCUCGUCUACUUCCAACUCAGGCGGGCCCAGCCGCCCACUCUCAUGCUUCUAGCGGUUCCGUCCAGCCACUCGCUGCCCGCACGAGCAACCAACAAGUUACGCGUCGUUCGUUCGCUGUUCCAGCUGCGCCACAUAGCAGCCCUCAACAGCAAUUCCAACAUCCUACUCAUGAGGUCGCCCUUCCGUCUGUUUCAAAUGAGGCGCCUAUCCCAAACCAACAACCGAUACAGUUGCAGUCCUCCGUGCCAAUGGCUCAGGUUCAGUCUCCGGCUCGACCUCUCCCCGAUGUUGUGCCAAGGCGCAUCGUCACGCCCGCUUCUGAGAGAGCUAGGCUCCUCAGGGAGAAUCAACACGCUGCCAGUGCAGCUCGCCCAGCCAGCCCCGCUACAGUUAUGGGUUUUUCACCUCCCGUCCUCCCGGGCAGUCCUCUUCAUCAAGUUGUUCCAUCCCAGGCUACCCCUCAGCUACCCCAGUUACAACCUGCUCAUGGAAGGGAACUUCAAGACCUCAACAACCCGGGACAGCCCCUAGCAAUGCCGGUCCAGCAAGCUCCGGUUCCUGCGGUUCAUCAGCCAGGCGAAGAAGAACUGAUGACAAUCUUUGAGCAAAUCCUAAAUGGCCAAGCUCCGCAGCAACAGGUUGCGCCGCCUGCAGAGCAACAGGUGGACAUUGACUUUUUGGCGGACUUGGACUUGUCGCCUGAUAACAUCAUGAGCGACCAAGAGCUCGUAGACUAUGCUGCAACCCAAGGAUUUCGCAUCGACCUGGUUGACUUGAUUCAGCCCAAUGAACACAGCAACCUCGAAGGUCAGGUCCAGAACAACGAGCCCACAUAUAACAACGUGGCAGUCGACAACGGGCUGGAGGGUAAUGGUGUUGGAGAAGGACAUGAUCUUUUCGAUCAGUUCAUCAACCUUCCAGACGACGUCGGCAACAUCGAUGAUGAUGACCUCUUUGGUGAUGACUACAUCGAUAACCAUGCGACUGAGGGCUUUGACAGCCAGGACGGCGCCGGCAACAUCGGAUCCAAACGCACAAGAAAUGACAAUCACGGGAAUGAGGGGGAGGAGCGUCCGGCGCAGCGGGCUCGC